UUCGCAUGCAUAGCUUCUCAUCACACACUCGCAGCUGAUCCACCACUGCAGUUGCAGAGAAGCAAAACCAUGGCGUCCAAGGUGCUCCUAGUGUUCGCGCUCCUAGUCGCCGCUGCUUUCCUUGUCGCCUCAGCUAAGGAGCAAGCCCAGCCCACGGGGGAGGAGAACAAAGCCGGCGUGCAGGACUACCACGGCGGCGGCGGCUACCCGGGCGGCGGCUACCCCGGCGGCGGAGGCGGCUACCCUGGCCGCGGCGGAGGCGGCUACCCUGGCCGCGGCGGUGGCGGCUACCCUGGCCACGGCGGGGGUUACUGCCGGUGGAGAUGCUGCAGCCGCGGCUACUACGGCGGCUGCCGGUGCUGCUCGCACCCCGACGAGAUCCCGGAGCCCAUGUACCGCCCGGAGGCCGUCGAGGUCCACAACUGAAUGAACUGAAGCUGCACGAGAUGCAUGGCCCCUCGUAGCUAUGUCAGCUGUUUGUAUGUCAACAAUAAAGCGGGUGUGCAUGCCAUCAGCAUGUACAUCUACGUGUGAUCGUAUGUCGUCGCGGUGUGGUGAUUGGGGUCGGUGUGGUUGAUGUAGAGUGUAACUCUGAUGCAUCUACAUAAUGCAUGCCAUCGAAUAAAUAAUUCAAAGAGUACUUGCUAUA